GUGUUAAUGUGAUGGAUCGGCUAACGUCCAAGAGGAAAUUAGGAUUGAUCCACCGCGCGAAAAAUUCAACUGGGUCAUCUUCUACUGCGAGGUUGUUGCAUGGAAGAGGGCAUGAACUUUCCGAAAAGCUAUCGAGAAUGGUUGGAAAAUUAAUGUACUCUUCUUCUUCCUCUCGCUCUCAUGUAACAAGGAGAUUCAUCUUGGGUAGCAUUAGUAUGAGACAUAAUUUAAUUGAUUUCUGGAUGAUAGAUUUAAGUGGGUUUUAAAGGUUAUGUGUUGAGGUUCGGAUUUGAACCUGUUAGAUAUCUGCCACUUGUUUGGUCUCCUUUGAUUAAUUUUUCUAUUGUUCUAUUGCUAAAGUCUGUCUCAUACACUUUAUUUUCAAAUGCUGUGCAAUAUGAUUUGCCUAAAUUCCUAGAGUCACCUACUCUAUUGUCAAACUGGACAAGCUCUUGCUUAAUUUGCUUUGCAUGAUUGAUUUGGUUCUAUUAUUCUCAUGCUUGAGCUGGUGACCUACGGGUUCUCUUCUUAGCAGGGGUGUCGAGGAAUAUCCUUUGCACACCUAUCCGCACAACACGCGUAUAUCACGAGUGAUCUAAUGAUCAAUUACAUCACGAUUAUUGUAACUCUGCGAUUGGGAGCAUAGAUUUUGGUCUUGGAUUUAGAUUUGGGUGGACUCGGACCAAACUCAAUGCAAUUUUGUUUACAUUUGAUCUAAAUCCGCACAAACCCAAAUGCAAGACCUCUCCCAAACAUAGGGUAAGGUAAUUCUAUCACUCAUGAUAUUCAUGUCAUUCGAAUAUAUGUGCAAAUUUGGUUGUUUUUGUGAAAGAUUUCACAUUGUUAUUAUUGUUAUUUAAGUUUUUCUUGCAGUGUUUUCUGCAGUGAAAUUUUGUCAAAAGAUCUUCAAAAAGAAGGAAACAAACAAUGUCUAAAAUUGAUUUAAGCUUAUUUUAGCCCCACUGUGAUUGAUAAAGAUGAAUGCAAAGGGGCAGAUUUAGGUUAUUGCAAAAAUUGUGUGUCUCUCAUGAGAAAAAAAUAAGCUUUAGAAGCAGAAAGUUAACCUUGAGUGAUUCGAGAAAAAAUGUUGGAUACCUGAAAUUUUUUAAAAUGAUGAAAUAUAUAAUUUUAAGAAAUGCAAUCAAUGUGUGAAUGAUUUUCUAAUGUUAAAAAAAAAAAGAAUAAUUUGUUAGAAAAAAGUUCGAUUUUAUAAGUUUCGAACUUUUAAAAUUUUCCAAGAAAAAUUUAAAAAGCCAACUUUUUUUAAAAGCUGAAAAAAAUACUUACUGAAUAUCAUUCACAGACUCCUUUUUUUCGUAAUUUCAUUUAUUUAUUUCUAAUUGAGAAAGGCUCAAAGGACUGUCUGUCUGUAAGACAAUUUUAUGAUAAAGAUCACAGCAGAGGGGAUUUUGAAAAGUUACACAUCAGCUCCCUGAAAGCAUUUUAAUUGAGUUUGCAAAGAUCAAUAAGGUUUUCUACAUGAAUAAAAUGUGUAAACGUGUUGCUUGGAGUAAAUUUUCUUGUGCUGCUAGACUCUCAUCAUUUUGGCUGUGACUUUCAUGGCAAAUGAUUUUGUACAUGCUAUGUGGGCAUGCAUGUGUGCGUGUGCAAGCUCAUCUACCAUUUUUUGUUGUUUCAUUAGCAUUUCAUGCCAGGAACAAGAUGAAGGCAUGGUUGAGGAUGAAGAAUGCACGAGCAACAGUUGACACACCUUUGAUGAGAAACGGUGGAAUGUUACUGAAGCAGUUGAUCUCAUCUUGUAAUGGAGAGUGCAAUCCUAUCCGUUGCUUCUCUGCUAAAGAGCUCCAAACAGCAACAAAUAACUACGACAAAAGUCGCAUUCUACUUGAUGACUGUGUUUAUAGAUUGUAUAAGGGCACUCUUGAAGGCAGGCCAAUUUGCAUUAAGAAGUUUCACCCUUAUUAUAAUUUUCAAAAUCGUAUUCAGUCAAUUAUAGAUGAAAUUGUUGUUGCCUCUCAGAUGAGUACUCACAAGAAUGUUCUGAAGCUCUUAGGAUGCAGCCUAGAGACGGAAAUUCCCAUUCUAGUGUACGAAUUCACUGAGAGUAAUGGAACUUUGGCCGACACUCUCUAUGGAUCCAAUGAAAGAGGGUUGCCGCCUCUACCAUGGAAAUGUAGGUUAAAGGUCGCAAAGGACAUAGCACAUGCGUUUGCGUAUCUACACACGGGCUUUUCCAGACCCAUUAUCCAUAGGGAUGUUACACCUGACAUUUUUUUCUUGGAUCAACAGAAUGUUGCGAAGCUAUUUGAUUUAUCACUUUGUAUGUCCAUUCCUGACGGCGAAUCGCACAUACAAGUUUCUCGAAUUGUUGGAAGAAAAGGAUAUAUGGCACCGGAGUAUGCAAUGCACGGUCGUGCCAAUGAGAAAUCUGAUGUUUUUUCUUUUGGUAUGCUUCUACUUGAGAUUUUAAGUGGACAGAGCAUUUCUUGUCUGAACGAGAAGGAUGACAGUCCUAUGUGGGAACAUUCUGCUCGUGUGAAGCAUUAUAUCAAAAGCAAUGAGUUCAACAAGAUUGUGGAUCCAACCAUACUGACAGAGGCAGGAUGGCCAGAGAAAGAGCAACAAUUACAAGAUUUUACUGCUCUUGCUUUUAGAUGCAUUAGUGAAACAGAAGACGAUAGGCCGACAAUGACUGAUGUAGCAAAACAACUUAGACAAAUUGAGCAGUCUGCAACUUGUUAGCUUAAACUAGUUCCACUAAACUUUGUUGUCAUUUACAAUCCUUAUGUUGGAUUUCUGGGCUUAGAUUAUGUUGUGCUAUUUGGAUAUAAGAAAAUCGAUUUUUUAUUUUAUUUUCUUUUUUUCUAGGGACUAUUUUUGUACAGAUAUAUUUUUUUUUAUAACUUUUGUAAUGUUAUCACUAAUUUUGUGCAGCUCAUCCAGGUUUUCUGUAUGAUGGCUCAAAAAAUAAUGAUCCGUCUUGCUUGGCUUUCAA